AUGCGCGCCGCGUCGCUCACCACGCUCGAACUGGUGAACAAGGGCAUCGGCGUCGUGGGCGGCUUCGUCGUUGCGGGUCUGAUGCCCGUCAUGGCCUCGCUGAAGUCGCUCUAUCUGAGCGACAAUGCGCUGUGCGGCGCAACGAAGUUUGGCGAAGGCACGUACGAUGCGACUGGCAUCAAGGCUAUCGCAGACGCCUUGCGCGACAGUGCCUCGACGCUGACGAGCCUCAACCUCGCGGACAACUAUCUCGCUGACGAGGGCGCAAAAGCGCUCGCACCAGCCAUCGCGGCCAGCACGUCCUUGACCACCCUCGUCAUCCACUCAAAUCAAAUUGGGGAUGAGGGUGCCAAAGCACUCGCGCCAGCGAUUGCUGCGAGCGCCUCCUUGACGGCAGCAAAUUUGCUGCGGAACGACUUCGACGUGGACGCUGCCUCCAUGCUCCUCAAGGCCAAGCAGGAGCACCCCACGCUGACCACUCUGUGCGGUUUCAAGGGCGACGAGACCCGCCUCAACUUCUCUCGCCAGAGCCUCCGCCCAGCGGAUGCGAUGCUGAUCGCGCCUGAGAUCAGCGUCAUGGCCUCGCUAACGGCGGCCAAUUUGCUCUGCAACAAUCUCGACAAGGAGUCGGCCACCAUGCUCGCUACGGUUGCCAAGGAGAAGAAGAUCUCGCUCUGUGGCAUCGGACUGGAGCAGACCAGCGCCGACUUCCGCGGCCAGGGCUUGGAGCCGAACGAUUCCAUUCUGAUCGCCUCUGAUCUUGGUGUCCGGGCCUCCCUAACGAAGCUCAACGUCCGCUACAACUACAACCUCGGCGAAGAGGGCAAGGCGGCCAUCAAGGAGGCCGACGAGGCGGCCAUCAAGGGCGUGCGUGGUGGGCUCACGCCGAAAGAGGCCGGGGAAACGACCACGCGUGCGAUGCGUGUGCCUGGGGUCUUGGGUACGCGGGAGUAA